UUUUCAUAGUAGCAUCUUUCACAGUGUCAACUAUUUAUCGAAGAUGGCUGUUAUUCUUCUCGCUGCUGCUAAACACGUUAUCGAAGAACUGCAGGGUAAUUGCAGAAUACAGGUGUACACAGCUGAUGAACUGGGGGCUGGUACGAACUCGCAGGUAUAUAUCAAAAUAUACGGCGAAGAUGGCAUCACGGACGAUGUUCCUCUUGGCGACAAAGAUGACGAUUACUUUGAAACAGGAACGUGUUCAGAAUUUGAUGUGAAUUUUCCUGAAGAUUUGGGGAAAAUAUACAAGAUUCGUGUUUGGAUUGAUAACUCAGGUGCAGCUCCAGACUGGUAUCUUGAUAAGAUUGUGUUUGUUCGUUUGGAUGGUACAAUCGUAUUCCCGUGUGAUCAAUGGUUUUCAGACUCUAAAGAUGAUGAACAGUUAAUCCGAGAAUUACCGGCAGUUUACGAAGAUGAAGAUCCAUUGCCACUUGUAAAUUAUAAUGUAUGCGUGAAGACAGGAAAAAGACGAUCUGCUGGUACCAGGGCAAAUGUCUAUAUAGAGAUCCACGGUGAAAGGGGUGAUACAGGUAGACGACCCUUAGAUGACCAUAACUAUGUUGAAAAAGAUAACAAGUUUGUCAGAACUGCGAUCGAUAAUUUUGUAAUACAAGCAGUGUCACUGGGCGAUAUCAAUAAACUUGUUGUAGGCCACGAUGGUUCGCGUAGACGUCCUCGUUGGUAUCUGAAGAGAGUAAUAGUUACUGAUGUUGAAAACGAGAAAGUAUAUUUUUUCAAUCAUAGAAGAUGGAUAUCUGAAGAAGACGAUGAUUGUACUCUUGAACACGCUGUUGAAGUUGAGUUUGAAGAAGCUGAAAGCAGCAGUGAAGAUGAAGGCAGUAGUAGUAGCAGCAGUAGUAGUAGUGAUGAUGAGGAGGAAUAAUGUACAAUGAUGAUGAAGGCACUCAAUUAUAACAGUAGUAGUAGUGAUUUUUGAGUUAAUAGAUGCAGUCAGUGAUAGAAAAAAAUGAAGACUGUAAUAAUAUUAUCAAUAUGUAUAAUGAUAGUAUUUUGAGGUAGACAAGUUAUGUUAUACCAGUGCAUGUUUUAUCUUCUUAUCCUAGUAUUAUUAUGCUGUAAUGCUCAAAUAUGUAUCGCACAAUAAACCCAGUAGUUGCACGAAUGUUAUU